CUGGCGGAAAGGAGGAUUUCGUCUAGAUUUGUCCGCUUGCUGAUGGACUUCAGGAGUCGCAGUCUCUGAACUCCUAGCCUCAGAGACCGCCGCUCUUGUUCCCAAGGGCCAUGGGCCGGAUCUCAGGGCUUGUGCCCUCUCGCUUCCUGACGCUCCUGGCGCAUCUGGUGGUCGUCAUCACCUUAUUCUGGUCCCGGGACAGCAACAUUCAGGCCUGCCUGCCUCUCAGGUUCACCCCCGAGGAGUAUGACAAGCAGGACAUUCAGCUGGUGGCCGCGCUUUCUGUCACCCUGGGCCUCUUUGCAGUGGAGCUGGCCGGUUUCCUCUCAGGAGUCUCCAUGUUCAACAGCACCCAGAGCCUCAUCUCCAUUGGGGCUCACUGCAGUGCAUCCGUGGCCCUGUCCUUCUUCGUAUUCGAGCGUUGGGAGUGCACUACGUAUUGGUACAUUUUUGUCUUCUGCAGUGCCCUUCCAGCUGUCACUGAAAUGACUUUAUUCGUCACCGUCUUUGGGCUGAAAAAGAAACCUUUCUGAGCACCUUCAUGACGGGAACCUAAGGACGAAGGCUACAGGGGCAAGGGCCGCUUCGUAUUCCUGGAAGAAGGAAGGCAUAGGCCUCGGUCCUCCCCUCGGAAACUGCUUCUGCUGGAGGAUAUGUGUUGGAAUAAUUACGUCUUGAGUCUGGGAUUAUCCGCAUUGUAUUUAGU